GUAAAGCGCUUUGGGUGCCUUGAAAAGCGCUAUAUGAAUCCAAUCCAUCUGCUCCGCAAGGGCGCACUGAGCUGCCUGCACAUCCGCAUCUGGCGGGAUGUAAACAGCGGCCAAGAUGAAUGAAGCAAACUCCCGCAGAGAAUAAAACGGUUUGCAGUGAAUAAAAAGGUAUUCCAGAGAGGAAGAGCAGUGCUGAGCAAUCACUGUUACAUCUGUGCACCAGCCACUAUUAAUGUAGAAGCAGACGCUUCCACCUGUGGUCUUACCAGAGAGAGAGGCCUGCCGGUCCGCGCGCAGCAGAUGAAAACCCUCCAGCUUGAGCGCGCAGUCCGGGAUGUCCUCACAGAGCCACGACUCCGUAAAACAUAAGACACAGGAGGAGGCAAAGUCUCUGUUCAUGCUUCUCAUCAGGGCCAGCUCGUCCAUCUUAUUCCGGAGUGAGCGUACGUUGGAAAGGAAGAUCCCAGGAAGAGCAGUUCGCAGUCCGCGUCUCCUCAGACGCACGAGUGCGCCGGCUCGCUUUCCUCUCCUUCAGCGUCUCAGUUUCCUGACCAAAGUCUGUAGUAAAUCUGCCGCAGAUGCGACAAAUAUUGGAAGAAAGCCCGGAGUGUGUCCUCGCUGGCGCUUCGACUUCGGACAUUGUGCUGAAUUUUGUUCUAAAGACAGAGACUGCCCCAAUAAUGAGAAGUGCUGCUCCAACGGAUGUGGACAUGAGUGCAUGGGUCCUGUCAUAGAAUGCCCAUGCCAUCUUAAUCUUGAUCUGUCAUAUAAGGGGUGUCAGGACUGUCCUAGAGACCACAUAUGCUGUGUCUAUGCUGGUGAAGAAGUCUGCGUCCCUCCUGUUUCCAGAAAGCCUGGAGUGUGUCCUCGCUGGCGCUUUGCAUAUGGAAAUUGUGCUGAAUCUUGCUCUUAUGACAGUGACUGUCCCAACAAUGAGAAGUGCUGCUUUAACGGAUGUGGACAUGAGUGCACGCUGCCCUACAUAGUAAAGACUGACUGCCCCUAUAAUAAAAAGUGCUGCUCGAACGGAUGUGGAUGUGAGUGCAUGGCUCCAUACAUAGUAAAGCCAGGAGUGUGUCCUCGCAGACACUUGGGCCACAGACGUUGUAUUGAAUCUUGCUUUAAUGACAGAGACUGUCCCUAUAUUGAGAAGUGUUGCUACAAUGGAUGCGGACAUGAGUGCAUGGCUCCCUACAAAGGCUGGCUGCUGCCCUCUGUCUGAAACCACCUCCAUGUGUGCUGCUCAGUGUCCAGGAGAGCAGAAGUGCUGCAGGACAACCGGUGGUCAUGCGUGCAGUGAGCCCCGCUGAUUAGAAAGUCAAUCUACAUUAAACAUCUUUGA